CUUAAAAAUGGAGUUACAGGCCUCUCCAGUUUUGAAAUUCUUUAGCUCCCAGCCCUCCUUUACACACAAGGUAGGAGAAGCCUGCAAAGGCUGGAUCAUGGUCCCACGCAGCUUUUCUGUAAAGCUGGGCUGGAACUCAGCUUUUUGUUUAGUGCUCUUUCUCUUGUAUUAUUUCCUAAUUUGUAAUGACCUUUAUGUCACUCUAAGGAGUUACUUUUUUGAUUACUGGCCUUAAGAGCGUGCUUUGUUCGCUUCCCGUUUUGUGCUGGAAUGUGAGGUAAACCACAUGCACACCAUUCCUCUUUGGAUCUCUUCCCCUAUCACAGAUGGUGAAGGCUGCUCUCUUGGUGUCCCAUGCCUUGCCUUUUGCGGCAAGCCUCUGCCCACCUUGUUCUCCUUCUCUUUGGAAAUAUGUGAAACCUUCCAAGCAAUCAAGGAUCAUGAGGAAAACAACGCUGUUUGACUUUCUCCAGUGGGCUUGAGUUUGCCCCAGGAGUCUGGAAGGAUAGAAAACAAAAACUGCCUUGGUGACCCAUGCCUGUAAUCCCAGCACUCUGAAGGCUGAGGAAGGAGGAUGUUUAAUUCACACUCAGCCUAGGGAACUCUACAAGAUAGUCUCAAAAUUUAAAAAAAAUUUAAAGGGGGUGAGGUCUGAGGUCUGAGUAGGCUCAGUGUGAAGGUUAAGUUCAGUUCCCAGUAUCAAAAGCAAACCACUCCUUCUGACCCAAAUACCCUGCUCUCUUCUGCCAAAAGGCAGGUCUGUACCCAGUUAAUACACAGAAUAAUGAGGAAUAAGAAAGACGUAAGGGUUGAAACUCCACUUAGAAUAGUUGGCCAACCCAGAAAAAGUUCAAGGCUGUUGUUCAAAGUCUGAAUUUUUUUCCUUGUGAUUUGCUGUAAUUCCUAAAUUAUCUUUAGACAUCUGGACAAGGAUGCAACAGAGGAAAAAAAAAGGUAGAUGCAAUGAAGUCGGUAUCCUGGCUCCUGGGAGUCGGUGAAGAAAGCGACUUUUUCUUUGGUGAUGAGGGUCACAGUAGGAAUUCCUUCCUAGGAGGAACCUUUCUUCAUUCCUCAACAGAUAGUCAGUGAGCAGAGACCUAUUCAAGCACUUGUCCUCUGAUCCCCCUACAUGGCCCGGAGGGCCGGAGAGGGUUGAAAUGGAACCUCCCGCUGGGCGCCCCGCGAGAGCCCCGGGACGCCCGGCUCCCCCUCCCCCACGGAGGGCCGUAUCCUGGUGGGGGCUCAGCUCCGGGCCCAGGGCACCUUUCGUCCCUGGAGACACUCCGCCCACCAGUAGAAAUGAUGGAAGAAUUGCAUAGCCUGGACCCACGCCGGCAGGAAUUAUUAGAGGCCAGGUUUACUGGAGUUGGAGUUAGUAAGGGACCGCUCAAUAGUGAGUCUUCCAACCAGAGUUUGUGCAGCGUGGGAUCCUUGAGUGAUAAAGAGGUAGAGACUCCUGAGAAAAAGCAGAAUGACCAGCGAAAUCGGAAAAGAAAAGCUGAACCAUAUGAAACUAACCAAGGGAAAGGCACUCCUAGGGGACAUAAAAUUAGCGAUUACUUUGAGUUUGCUGGGGGAAGCGGGCCAGGAACCAGCCCUGGCAGAAGUGUUCCACCAGUUGCACGAUCCUCACCGCAACAUUCCUUAUCCAAUCCCUUACCGCGGCGUGUAGAGCAGCCCCUCUAUGGUUUAGAUGGCAGUGCUGCAAAGGAGGCAUCGGAGGAACAAUCUGCUCUGCCAACCCUCAUGUCAGUGAUGUUAGCAAAACCUCGACUUGACACAGAGCAGUUAGCACAAAGGGGAGCUGGGCUCUGCUUCACUUUUGUAUCAGCUCAACAAAACAGUCCUUCUUCUACAGGAUCUGGCAAUACAGAGCAUUCCUGCAGUUCCCAAAAGCAGAUCUCCAUCCAGCACAGACAGACCCAGUCUGACCUCACAAUAGAAAAAAUAUCUGCACUAGAAAACAGUAAGAAUUCUGAUUUAGAAAAGAAAGAAGGAAGAAUAGAUGAUUUAUUAAGAGCCAACUGUGAUUUAAGACGGCAAAUUGACGAACAGCAAAAGAUGCUAGAGAAAUACAAAGAACGAUUAAAUAGGUGUGUCACAAUGAGCAAGAAACUCCUUAUAGAAAAGUCAAAACAAGAGAAGAUGGCAUGUAGAGAUAAAAGCAUGCAGGACCGCUUGAGAUUGGGCCACUUUACUACUGUCCGACAUGGGGCCUCCUUUACUGAACAAUGGACAGAUGGUUAUGCUUUCCAAAAUCUUAUCAAGCAACAGGAAAGGAUAAAUUCUCAGAGGGAAGAAAUAGAAAGACAGCGGAAAAUGUUAGCAAAGCGGAAACCUCCUGCCAUGGGUCAGGCCCCUCCAGCAACCAAUGAGCAAAAACAACGGAAAAGCAAGACCAAUGGAGCUGAAAAUGAAACGUUAACAUUAGCAGAAUACCAUGAGCAAGAAGAAAUCUUCAAACUCAGAUUAGGCCAUCUGAAAAAGGAGGAAGCAGAGAUCCAGGCCGAGCUGGAAAGGCUAGAGAGGGUUAGAAAUUUACAUAUCAGGGAACUAAAAAGGAUACAUAAUGAAGAUAAUUCACAAUUUAAAGAUCAUCCAACGCUGAAUGAUAGAUAUUUGUUGUUACAUCUUUUGGGUAGAGGAGGUUUCAGUGAAGUUUACAAGGCAUUUGAUCUAACAGAGCAAAGGUAUGUAGCUGUGAAAAUUCACCAGUUAAAUAAAAACUGGAGAGAUGAGAAGAAGGAGAAUUACCACAAGCAUGCAUGUAGGGAAUACCGUAUUCACAAAGAAUUAGAUCAUCCCAGAAUAGUUAAGCUGUAUGAUUACUUUUCACUGGACACUGACUCGUUUUGUACAGUAUUAGAGUACUGUGAGGGAAAUGAUCUGGACUUCUACCUGAAACAGCACAAAUUAAUGUCAGAGAAAGAAGCCCGAUCCAUUAUCAUGCAGAUUGUGAAUGCUUUAAAAUACUUAAAUGAAAUAAAACCUCCCAUUAUACACUAUGACCUCAAACCAGGUAAUAUUCUUUUAGUAAAUGGUACAGCAUGUGGAGAGAUAAAAAUUACAGAUUUUGGUCUUUCUAAGAUCAUGGAUGAUGAUAGCUACAAUUCAGUGGAUGGCAUGGAACUAACGUCACAAGGUGCUGGUACUUAUUGGUACUUACCACCAGAGUGCUUUGUGGUUGGGAAAGAACCACCAAAGAUCUCAAAUAAAGUUGAUGUCUGGUCAGUGGGUGUGAUCUUCUACCAGUGUCUUUAUGGAAGGAAGCCUUUUGGCCACAAUCAGUCCCAGCAGGACAUUCUACAAGAGAAUACUAUUCUUAAAGCUACUGAAGUGCAGUUCCCGCCAAAGCCAGUAGUAACACCUGAAGCAAAGGCUUUUAUCCGACGAUGCUUGGCCUACCGAAAGGAGGACCGCAUUGAUGUCCAGCAGUUGGCCUGUGAUCCCUACUUGCUGCCUCACAUCCGAAAAUCAGUUUCCACAAGUAGCCCUGCUGGAGCUGCUAUUGCAUCAACCUCUGGGGCAUCCAAUAACAGUUCUUCAAAUUGAGACCUACUCCAAGGCCACAGACCGUUCAGCACACAAGGUGGACAAGUGGCAUUCAGCAGCGGGUUUGGAACAUAGCGAAUCCGAAUGGAUCUCAUGAAACCUGUACCAGGUGCUUUUAUUUUCUUGCUUUUUUCCCAUCCGUAGAGCAUGACAGCAUCGAUUCUCAUUGAGGAGAAACCUUGGGCAGCUCUGGCCAGGCCUCGUAGGAAAAGGCCUUCAUCCAAGGUUCCAGCGUCAACUGCCCCUGUGUGUGGCUGCUCUGAGUGAGGAAAAAAAAAAUUAAAAAGAAAAACUGGUUCCAUGUACUGUGAACUUGAAAACAUAUAGACUCAGGGGUGUCCCUGAUGCAAUGCUUCAGAUGAAGAAUGUGGACUUGAAAAUACAGACUGGGCUAGUCCAGUGUCUAUAUUUAAACUUGUUCUUUUCUUUUAAUAAAGUUUAGGUAACAUCUCCUGAAAAGCUUGUAGCACAAAGGCUCAGCUGGGGAUGGUGUUUGACUUCGGAGGAAAAAAGUUGCUAUUGCCCGUUAAAGGCACUAGUGUUAGUGUUUUAUCCCUAAAUAAUUUCAAUUUUUAAAAACAUGCAGCUUCCCUCUCCCCUUUUUUAUUUUUGAAAGAAUACAUUUGGUCAUAGAGUGAAACCCGUAUUAGCAAAUACGUGGCAAUGUUCAUUCCAAUCAGAUGCAGCUUUCUCCUCCGUCUGGUCUCCUGCUCACAGUUGCUUCCUUCAUCUCAGUGGGGCAAAAAGGGAGUGGGAGUGCUGAGAUGUGUGGAUUUUUGCCAUUGGACAAAGAAUGAGGUUAGAAGACUGCAGCUUGGAGUCUCUAGGUUUUCAACUAUCUCUUCACAAUUUGAACACUUGACGGUUCCCUUUUAAUUUAUUUGAAGUGCUAUUUUUUUAAAUAAAGGUUCAUCUGUCCAUGCA